CAGUCCUCAGCUUUUUGUCUUCGUGCUAGAUGCAAGCACCGCUUAGAGGGAGAUGUCUAGGCUGUCAAGCAAAUGAUGGCAUUAAUCGAGAGCCGACUAUGUAUGGCAGGAGGCCCAGGUGCCUGUCGUGACCAACGGUACGCUCGACAAAGCGCGAGGCCCCACUAUUGUGCUGGUCACCAGCAAAGAGCAGGCUCCAGGCAGGCAGGCAGGCAGAAUGCCUGAAAUCCCAUAAAUUCGCCUGCGAGGCUACGUUGGCAGCACAGAGGCUGAGCCUUUUCGUCCCGCCCUUUCUGCUGGCAUGAUGGUGUCGACGCUUAUUGCUCUUUCCUCCCUGUUCGCGCUCGCCUUCGCGUCGCCUGUGGCGCGCAGAAUGAAGGUGCUCGAGUCGCGCGCGCUCCCGGCGGCUGGGUUCGUCCGCACGGGUCCUGCGGCCGCCAACACGACGUUGGAUCUGCGCAUCGCCCUCGUGCAGAGCAACACCGAUACGCUCAUCGAGGCGCUCUACAACGUGAGCACGCCUGGCCACCCGUCGUACGGGCAGCAUCUCAGCAAGGAAGAGGUUGAGCAAUUGGUCGCGCCGUCCACAGAGAGCAUCACAGCUGUCAACGCGUGGCUCCAGCAGGCUGGGGUCAACGCGACGACUAUGACACCCGCGGGCGACUGGCUCAGCAUCUCGGUUCCUGUCAGCAAAGCGAACUCGCUCUUCGACGCGGACUUCGCCGUCUAUACCCAUUCGGAGACAGGCCAGCAGGCAGUGCGAACGAUGGAGUAUUCAGUUCCGCACGCGCUCCAGGGCCAUGUCGAUUUCGUCCAUCCGACUGUCUCAUUUCCGAAUCCGAGCUCUGCGAAGUCAUUCGUUACAGCGCCGAGGCCACUAGGUCGCAGUGCCAACCUUACAGCUCGGGACACACCAUGCACGCCCCUCAGUGUGACACCCAAUUGUGUUCAGACUUUAUACAAUAUUCCGUCGACUAAGGCCACGCAGAGUUCGAACCAGCUCGGCGUGAGCGGUUUCCUCAACGAAUUUGUCAAUGAGAUCGAUCUUAAUACAUUCCUUGGAAAGUUCCGUCCAGACCUCGGGGACACAGGUUUCGCCGUGGCGUCCCUUGAUGGUGGUUCCGACUCAGAGCAGGAAGGCCAGGCAGGCCUCGAAGCAAGCCUCGACAUCCAGUACACUGUCGGCGUAGCCUCUGGCGUUCCAGUAACGUUCAUCUCUGUCGGCGAGAAGAAUCAGGACGGCCUAAGUGGUUUCCUGGACAUUGUCAACUUCUUGCUUAACGAGCCAAAUCCACCUCAAGUUUUGUCCACUAGUUAUGGUAAUAACGAGCCUCUGAUGCCGUUGUCUCUCGUAAAGAACCUUUGCAAUGCCUAUGCUCAGCUGGGCGCUCGUGGCACCUCUAUCCUUUUCGCCUCAGGCGAUGGCGGCGUUUCAGGAGAGGGACAGCAGAAUUGCACAUCCUUCGUACCCACCUUCCCUUCUGGCUGCCCCUUCCUAACUUCGGUCGGCGCCACCGCCCUGACGAGCCCAAGCACCGAGACCGGAGCACCAUUCUCCUCUGGCGGCUUCUCGGGCAUCUUCGCUGUACCGUCGUACCAGGCGUCCGUCGUGCAGUCGUACGUCUCCGGGCUUCCCAGCGAUAUCCAGAGCGAGUUCACCAGCGGGAUGAGAGGGUACCCGGACGUCGCAGCCAUCGGAACGAACGUCGAGAUCAUCCUUAACGGCAAAAACUUGACGGUCCUCGGGACGAGCUGCUCUACGCCGAUCUUCGCGAGCGUCGUCGCGCUUAUCAACGACGAGCUCGCCGCGGCGGGCAUGAGCCCGCUUGGAUUCCUCAACCCGUUCUUGUACGCGAAUCCUGGCGCGUUCAAUGACAUCACGACCGGCAGCAAUCCAGGGUGUGGCACCAAUGGUUUCCCUGCCGCGUCGGGCUGGGAUCCUGUCACCGGUCUUGGAACCCCCAACUAUCCUGCUCUGAGGGCAGCUGCGGGCCUUUAAACGAUACCAUAAUGCGUAAUGUCUUUAUUUAACUUAACGUACGAUCGUAUGGAACUUUGACGUUGUACAUAGAGAUGUAUUUUAAUCCCAAGUAACGACUGUAGUAUAUGUUUCAUUAACGCAGAUCCUACUCUUUAGAUAAUAUUUACAAAAAUCUGAGCCUUCAGCUUCAUGAGGAAAGUCAUAUUAAUAGCUAUUGAGCUCAUCACUCGGUUAGAUAUUACUUAUGUAACCUUCGCUUUGAGACAUGCUUCUACCUGCUUUUGGCAACUACUAUAUGGCAUACUCAUAGCACCGACGGUCACCGGUCACUGGUCGAUAUCACUGGCAUCAUACCUCUCUCGUGGCUUACCAUACGCUUGUCGUCGUCGUCACCUAUCAGUCGCCGUACGAAGUUU